AAUUAUUGCUUCCUACGCUUCUAUAUGGUAUCGGAGUUGUGAAUCUCUUUCGAUUCAUCGAUCCAUCACCGCGUCACCACUGCGCCAAUCACCGCCAUCAAUGGCGUCUGCGAUCCCCCCUCCUAGGGUUAUCACCAAAGACACGCCUAUUGUCCAACUUCAUUCCAAAACUCAUUUCCCCAUCAAAUUAAACAACACCAACUUUGCAAUCUGGCAACGUCAAGUUCAAUCCACUCUUAUUGGCCUUGAUCUUCUUGGUUUCGUUUAUGGGAGUGUUGCUGCGCCGUCGUGCUCUCAAGCCGAUGGCACCUUUAAUCUGUGCUACUCUGUUUGGUACAGACAAGAUCAAUCAAUAAUCGGAGCUCUUCUUGGCAGCUGCUCGGAUACAAUUCAGCCCCUCAUCUCUAACACAGAAUAUCUUCAUGAAAUGCGGAGUCUGGCAAACGAAUUGGCCCUCGUUCAAAAUCCUAUCUCUGAAGAGGAUCUUGUGGUCCAUGUCCUCAAUCAAGUUGGCGAAGCCUAUGACCCCCACACCUCUGGUGCUCGUUUUCGUGAGCAAACCAUCUUAUUUACCGAACUCGGUGAUGUCUUACGUGACAUAGAGGAAAAGCUUCAAGCUUCGGAUGCUGCCACUCAGACAAUUGUGGCCACUGCCAAUUCUACUCAGCGAGCCACGUUCUCCAAGAGUGGCCGAUCUGUGCCACGGGAUGCUCCGGCCUAUCAUGGUGGCGGUCGACGUCCUUUUAAUAGCGCUGGUCGCACUUUGCCUCGUGAUGGGGGUUGUCAGUUUUGCUCAAUUCCUGGUCAUGACAUCAAGGCAUAUGUGGUAUCUGAAUAUGACCUUGGAGGAGAGGGGGACCUCUUCAAGGCUCCCAAACCUAUUAUAGAAGAACCAUUUGUGGAUCUUGAUCCAAUGGCAUCUUCCAUUCCGCUGCUUUCGUGUGCCGAAGAUGUCGUGUCCAUCGAGUUUCUCAAGGUCUCGGAAAUCGAAUCAUCAUUUGAGAAGGAACAGCUCCUCAGUGAUGUUUUCUAUGGAUGCAGCACAGAUCUUUUGUCCAAAGGAGUGGAAGCUUCAGUGUCCGAGGUUGUCCCGGAUCCCAUUUCCAAGAAUUGCGGAGAAAUGUCGGGUUCCAAGGCGUCGUUUCAGAAAAGCGAGAGUUUUGAGUCUCUAUGUUCCAUGGAAAUGGUGCAUGGAGGAGCUCCAAUGGGGCCUGAUUUUCUUGAUUUUUAUGGAGUGGGGUAUAGUGCUGCUGCUUAUGGGAUAAGAAGAUCAUUCAGUGAAGGGGACAUUAAGAAUCUUGGACAAGGCAGCGUAAGCCUCCUCAACGCUCAACAUGGCAUUUCUGAGGAUCGAAAGGAGAAGCUUUCCAGAUACAGGAGCAAGAGGACUAAGAGGAAUUUUGUGAGGAAGAUAAAUUAUGCUUGCAGGAAGACAUUAGCUGACAACCAACCAAGGAUCCGUGGAAGAUUUGCGAAAAUGGAACUCGAUUCAUCCAAGAAACUCAGCAGCUAACUCUCUAUUAGAACAAGAACAAGA